AUGACGAUGGUUCCGGCCCGUGCGACGCUGUUUGCUUCACUUCGAGUCACAACGACUAGGCCGGCAUCUCGAUAUGUAAAAUCCUUCAAAACCAAAUGGAGACCCAUCUCAACAGCCGUGGGCAAGUCGAUCGACCUACCAGAUGGCAGACGUCUUGGCUAUCAUGAAUUCGGCGACCCAAAUGGGACGCCGUUGAUCUACAUCCAUGGGACUCCCGACUCAGGAAUCACACUUUCUGGGUUCGAGGACACCCUGGCGCAGCGGCUAGGUACUCGCUGGGUUGCCCCAGAUCGACCAGGAAUCGGCCACUCAACAUUCUACCCAGACCGGAAAAUUCUAGACUUUCCAGCGGAUUUGAAAGCCCUGAUAGAGCAUCUAAGCCUCAGCACGUAUCAUAUCAUCGGAACAAGUGGCGGCACUGGCUAUACCCUUGCUUGCGCCCAAGCACUACCUCGAGAUAAUCUAAAAGGGGUCGGUAUAUGCGCCGGUGUCGGGCCUUGGGAAGCAGGACUGGCAGGACAAAGCGAAACGAUGCAGAAGAUAAUGAUGAUUUGGAAAGACCAAAAUCAGGAAUUUGUCGAGUACUUGGAAAGCAUCUUCCUCGCCGCAGCUCAAGACCCUGACCCAGCCAAAAUGGAGAACGUCUGGAAAGAACAGAUCAGAGGCUUCGCGCCAGCCGACCAAAAGAUUUUGGAAAGGCCGAGCGCUUUUCAAUCAGCAGUCAGGGUCUUCAGACAGGUCUAUGCUCAGGGAGGCGCUGGGCAUGGCCUUGAGAUGAAACUUAAUACUCAGCCUUGGGGAUUUCGAGUGGAAGAUAUUGACUAUGAAGGUGUUCAGUUGUGGUAUGGGUCCGAUGAUGAGAAUACGCCGCCUGAGAUGGGACAGUAUAUGGCGGAGAGGUUGCCGAAGUCGAUUUACAAGGAGUAUCCGGAUGAAACACAUUAUAGCCUGUGGAGAGAAGACUUGCUGGAGGAAUUUCUGAAGGAUCUAAUGAAAUAA